AUGUCUGCUGCCCAGAAGAUCUUAUCUGAAAAGCCAACUGACUUAGAGUUGCAAGUCGCUCAAGCUUUCGUUGACCUCGAAGCUCAAUCUGACUUAAAGGCUGAAUUAAGAACUUUACAAUUCAAGUCCAUCAAGGAAAUUGAAGUUAACGGUGGAAAGAAGGCUUUAGCUGUCUUUGUCCCAGUCCCUUCCUUGUCCGCUUACAGAAAGGUUCAAACCAGAUUAACCAGAGAAUUAGAAAAGAAGUUCCCAGACCGUCACGUUGUUUUCCUUGCUGAAAGAAGAAUCUUACCAAAGCCAUCAAGAAGAUCUAGAAAGGAACAAAAGAGACCAAGAUCAAGAACUUUGACCGCUGUCCACGACAAGAUCUUAGAAGACCUCGUUUUCCCAACUGAAAUUGUUGGUAAGAGAGUCAGAUACUUGGUUGGUGGUAACAAGAUUCAAAAGGUUUUAUUAGACUCUAAGGAUUCAACCGCUGUUGACUACAAGUUAGAAUCUUUCCAACAAUUAUAUCAAAAAUUAACUGGUAAGCAAGUUGUUUUUGAAAUCCCAGGUGACGUCUACUAA